AAUAAAAUACCAUUUCUUUCUACGCAAAAAAAAAAAAAAAUCCUUCACAAAAAUGGGCACAAUGAAGAAAAUCUCAAAACUUGUUUUCUUAUGCUUUCCAAUUGUUGCCCUUUUGUUGCCAUGCAAUUGCAAUGGAAGCAAUGAAAUCAAAGGAAUGUUUGUAUUUGGUAGCUCUUUAGUUGACAAUGGCAACAACAACUUUUUGCGAAAUUCAAGGGCUAAAGCCAACUAUUUGCCUUAUGGAAUAGAUUUUCCUUAUGGCCCUUCCGGUAGAUUUACAAAUGGAAAAAAUGUAAUUGACCUUCUUUGUGAUAAACUUUCUCUUCCUUUCGUCCCACCUUUUGGCGACCCUUCUACCAAAGGAAACAGAAUCAUCCAUGGUGUUAACUAUGCUUCUGGUGCUUCCGGGAUACUAGACGAUACCGGUCUACUUGCGGGAGAGGUAAUAAGCUUGAAUGAGCAAUUGAAAAACUUUGAGGAGGUAACAUUGCCAGAACUAAAAGCUGAAGUGGGAAAAAGAAGUGGAGAAGUGCUGAAAAAGUACCUGUUUGUAGUGGGAAGUGGUGGGAAUGAUUAUACGCUCAACUACUUCUUGAACCUUUCCGAUGCAAAUGUCAGUCUUCAAUUCUUCACUGCCAAUCUUACAAAAUCUUUGUCAACUCAACUUCAGAAAUUGUACAAGUUAGGGGGUCGGAAAUUUGUGUUGAUGUCAUUGAAUCCACUUGGGUGCUAUCCAGUGGCGAAGGCCAACUAUCCAUCUCAGAUUGGGUGCAAUAAACCCCUCAACAGAGCAGCUCACCUCUUCAAUGCUCAGUUGAAGUCUUUAGUGGGUUCGAUCAAACCACUCAUGCCGGCUUCUCAUCUUGUCUAUGUUAACUCUUAUACCAUUAUUACACAUCUCAUCACAAACCCUACUUCUAAAGGGUUUAAAGAUGCAAGCAAUCCAUGCUGUGAAAUGGCAAGCAUAAAUGGUCUGUGCAAGAAAGAUGGGGAAACCUGUGAAGACAGGAGUAGGCAUGUUUUUUUUGAUGGGGUGCACCCAACUGAAGCAGUUAAUGUUUUGAUUGCAAAUAAAGCUUUUGAUUCUAAUCUCAAAACUGAAGCCUAUCCAAUCAAUAUCAAACAAUUAGCCAUGCGCUAUUAGAUCAUAUUAUAUGUAAAAUAGUAAAUUAAUUACCUAAGGUUGGUAUUAGCUACAAAGUUUUGGGGUGAUAUUAGAAGUCUUUGCAUUUAUGUAUGUUGUGUAUAAACUACUACUUAACUAAUUAUAUGAACUUGUUAUGGUGACAAACAUAUUUCAAAUUUUAA